GCUGUGUGUAAGGCCCUUCUAAGGGCAAUGGGGCUCCGCGAGCUGUUUUGGAUCUUCCCGGCUUUCGGCUUCCGGGCUGUCACGUGCCUCUGGUCACGUGACCGACACUGCUGUCCUCCUACUGCGGCCGCUCGGGUUUCCUUGUACCUGUGCCGCCCUCAACGUCUCCUGCGUGCGGGAAUCUCUGCCCUUCCCGGGGUCUGUGGCUCACUCCGCCUCUCAGGCCUCUAUACCGGGUAGGAGACGCCGACUCGACGCUGACUCGGCGCCCCAGCCGGUCUGCGGCCCCGACAGCCUGGACCGCUGCAUCCUCCCUGCCGCCUUUGGAAUUGAAGAUCUGUUGAAAAAUAUCCAAGAUCAUAAAAUUUAGAUGACCAAAAUGGAUAUCCGAGGUGCUGUAGAUGCUGCUGUUCCAACGAACAUUAUUGCUGCCAAGGCUGCAGAGGUUCGUGCAAACAAAGUGAACUGGCAGUCUUAUCUUCAGGGGCAGAUGAUUUCUGCUGAAGAUUGUGAAUUCAUUCAAAGGUUUGAAAUGAAAAGAAGUCCUGAAGAGAAGCAAGAGAUGCUCCAAACUGAAGGCAGUCAGUGUGCUAAAACGUUUAUAAAUUUGAUGACUCAUAUCUCCAAAGAACAGACAGUUCAGUAUAUACUAACUAUGGUGGAUGAUAUGCUGCAGGAAAAUCACCAGCGGGUUAGCAUUUUCUUUGACUAUGCUAAACGCAGCAAGAACACUGCCUGGUCCUACUUUCUACCAAUGUUGAAUCGCCAGGAUCUCUUUACUGUUCAUAUGGCAGCAAGAAUUAUUGCGAAGUUAGCAGCUUGGGGGAAAGAACUAAUGGAAGGCAGUGACUUAAAUUACUAUUUCAAUUGGAUAAAAACUCAGCUGAGUUCACAGAAACUGCGUGGUAGCGGUGUCGCUGUUGAAACAGGAACAGUCUCUUCAAGUGAUAGUUCUCAGUAUGUGCAGUGUGUUGCUGGGUGUCUGCAGCUGAUGCUUCGGGUCAAUGAGUACCGCUUUGCCUGGGUAGAAGCAGAUGGGGUAAACUGCAUCAUGGGAGUUUUGAGUAACAAGUGUGGCUUUCAACUCCAGUAUCAAAUGAUUUUUUCAAUAUGGCUCCUGGCAUUCAGUCCUCAAAUGUGUGAACACCUGCGACGCUAUAAUAUCAUUCCUGUCCUGUCCGAUAUCCUUCAAGAAUCUGUCAAAGAGAAAGUGACAAGAAUCAUUCUUGCAGCAUUCCGUAACUUUUUAGAAAAAUCGACUGAAAGAGAAACUCGCCAGGAAUAUGCUCUGGCUAUGAUUCAAUGCAAAGUUCUGAAACAGUUGGAGAACUUGGAACAGCAGAAGUACGAUGAUGAAGAUAUCAGUGAAGAUAUAAAAUUUCUUUUGGAAAAACUUGGUGAGAGUGUCCAAGAUCUUAGCUCAUUUGAUGAAUACAGUUCAGAACUUAAAUCUGGAAGAUUGGAGUGGAGUCCUGUGCACAAAUCUGAGAAAUUUUGGAGAGAAAAUGCUGUGAGGUUAAAUGAGAAGAAUUAUGAGCUCUUAAAAAUUUUGACAAAACUUCUGGAGGUGUCGGAUGAUCCACAAGUCUUAGCUGUUGCUGCUCAUGAUGUUGGAGAGUAUGUGCGGCAUUAUCCACGAGGCAAACGGGUCAUUGAACAGCUUGGUGGGAAGCAGCUGGUCAUGAACCACAUGCACCACGAGGACCAGCAGGUUCGCUACAACGCUCUUCUGGCUGUGCAGAAACUCAUGGUGCACAACUGGGAAUACCUUGGUAAACAGCUCCAAUCUGAGCAGCCCCAGACCGCUGCUGCCCGAAGCUGAACGUGCCCUCCAGCCUCAGAAUCUCCACUCUUCACAUUUUACCUGGGACGGAGUACCUGGAGUAUGAAUCUCAGUAGUUAGGGUCAGGAGCAAAUAAUUGUCCAUUUUACUUAAAGUUUUCUUCUGUUGUGUCGCUUUUCCCUAUGCUGAUUUUCGUUGAACGUGUUUGCCCACUAAGCUGUAUAAAAGUAGGUGUUUUCUGUUGCUAAGGAAAUGAUUAACUGUUACAUACACCGCUUGUAAUUUCUGUAUUUAUUGUUCUCUGGAAAUGAGUAUAGUUAUUAAAGGAUUCUCACUUCAAAAAGGUUUUGCUCUUGUUCCUCACUCGAACUUUAACAAAAAUCAUCU